CGUGACUUAACAGGGAAGUCCAUGGUGUAGAGUGGACGCUCCUCCGUUUACAUGAAAGUUGUUACCAAGACGGAACCCCCCACUCUCUCUACACACUGCAAAGGGUCCAAAGAGAAAAACACGCUACACAAAACACCUACAUCCUACUACAAAGCAAAUAGAACCGCUGCAGCGCAAUACAUUGUGUGCUCACCGGAUGGUUUAAAAAACAAGCCAAGCUACUUUGAUGUUCAACAAUGGAGGAUCUGCAAGACUUGGGUUCCUCUAGUGCCAGUGCUAUGACCAUCGCUGCUGAGCUCAAGGAUGAUUUUUACUCCAAGCUUGUUGACGACUAUCUUGGUGCUCAUUACGGAGAACUGUUGGAGCUGGAUGAAAAGCCCUGGAAAAACCGCAUGUUGGUCCAGAUUGGGCUGAUGAGAGAGGAGCAAGAUCUUUCAUGGGUUGAUUUAAUACAAUGGCUCCAAAAGAUUAUCCCAAUGUUUCAGUCUGCUGAUUUCCAAAGUCUGAUUGAGAGAAACACCACGACAGCUUUAAGCUUAACUGGAGAUGCCAGAGAAAAUUUUCUUGAGUCGGAUGUCAACUUCGAAUUUGUUGGACCUAUAUGUGAUAGUAUUGGAAUCGGAAGAAGAGAUUUACUUGAAAUGUCUGAUUUUUCUGAUCGUGCAAAAUUAACUGGUCUCACAAACGGCCUAAUUCUCGAAUUGACUAACUUUAUUUCACGAGAGAAAUUAGACCCGGUCGUCUUAGUUUCCUGGAUUCGUAACUUUGAGCCUCUAUUUUGUUAUGAUGGCAAGAUCCAAAAAGCCUACAAGCUCCUACGAGCUAAUCUCAAGAAUUUCAGAAUACAGUACCGCAACAAUCAGAGGAGCCGAAAGCGGAGCCGUGGAUUGCUGGAUGAGUUUCUUCAGAGUCCAUUUGAUCUUGCUCCUGAAGGGGAUGCAGAAUAUAUUGAAUACAAAAGGGUGGCAAUGAUCAAAGCACAGCUAAGGAAGAAACGCAGCAUUUCUGUGCAUAAACCUACCACUGCAGUCAAGAAGGAAGAUGAACCCUUCGAUAUUUAUACAGAUGCCACUGUAAAAACUCAAUUUCAGGGUGACCCAAAGCAAAUUCCCCAUGUGAUCAGUGUAAAAAGGGAACCGAGAUCACAGAGCCAUCAAACAUUGAUACAGUCACUAGAAGAUGUGGGAGAAGACCCAAGAAGUGACACGGGCGACAAUGUAACACUUCUUGAUAUCUCUGUGCUGUCUUGGCAAAAGAUUGCAGACGUGUGUGGAGGAAAGAACGAAGCUGCUAAGGUGGCCUCAAUGGACCUACUUCAGAAUCACUUCACAGCAAUGCUGAAGGAAGAUGCCAACCUGAGAUCUCUCGAUGACAAAGUCAAAGAAAGCACCCAUCCACUUGUGCCACCUUUAAAUUUCCUGCGUUACAUCUGCCAAUUCCUUUUCGAACUUAUUGAUGUAACUGAGCAGCAAAUGAUGUCAUUCGGAAGAGAUCUCGUGAACACCACAGGCGAGAAACUAGGACGCGACAAGCACCCCAGAUUUCAGAGUUUUGUCAACUUCGAUGAGAGCGCAGUGGCUCGUUACAUUCACACGGCUUCUGAAAUUUUAUGUCCAAGUGAGGAGACCAACCCAAACUACCGCAGGUACUGGCUUGCUUUUUGCCUCGAGAGAAAAAACCCUUCCAGACUACCUAUAAAUCGGUCGAAUCGUGUCAUUAACUACUUUGAGGCAGCUGCCGGACUCAUUCACCAUCAUGAAGAUGUUGUUCUUUUUGUAUCUGACCUGCAGCUUCUGAAUGAGAACUCGAACUCAAAUAUCCUGUUAGAGAGCGUCAAUGCUGAUGCAAACGACGAGGCUUUGCAGGCGCUGGUCUGUGUGGUUGCUAUUGUCUACCUUAAAGUCUUGGGACCCUUUUGGCAGCUUCUGAAGAGUGAUGGAGAAUAUCCUCUUUUCAGUAGGUACAUCCUUUGCCUGUAUGACAAGCUCUUGGAAUGGUCGCAAGAUGCCAGUUGUCUUUUGCAACCAGAAGCUUUUGUGAAUGUAUUCUUACAGGUUCCAAUGCAAGAGGGGACUUUUGAAGGAGUGUUCAGAUUUUGCCGUGCUAAUGCAGAGAACCAGUACGGUACUCUCAUGAGAGCUUGUUUACAGAGGAUGAUGAAAGCCCUUGCAGCUGUACUGGAGGACAAUCUCAAAGAUUUCUUACCUGGCGGUGAGUACUGCAAAGAUCAGCCUAAGGACACAGCGGUUCAAAUGGCAAACUGCACAUUUUCACAGCUGAUGGGUGAGUACCCCUUCGGUCAUGGGUACCCUUAUGAGAAGAACAGGUCGAAUAAAACCCUCAGUCAAGCCGAAGGUUGCGCUUCCAAAGAGACAGAACAAGAACCUGCUUCCCGAAAGGCGACAGAUGAACCUACAUCAACAGCGGUCACAUUAUCACCGGGCAAAACCAUUCAAAAGCAGCAACAAGAGUCAAAACGCUACUCCAUCUUGGAAGGAGCAAAUCUUAAUGCUGCAAAAAAAAUGAAAGUGUCUAGACUAAAGCAAAAAGCUCAGGAUCACAUUUAUAAGAAAUUGAUUGUUGAAGCGGUUUCAAAAUAUGGCGGCCCAUGUAAAAGCAAGCAAGAUGUUGAACGAUUGCUUGCAAAACUUCAAGGUGCAAGCCAUGCACAUACACGCGAGGUUAUUCGCUGUGAGCUGAACUACCAAAAGAGCAUCUUGGGUUCCAGAGACAAAAAGCUAAAUCACAUAGGUUUCUCUUUGAAUGACAUGGUUUCUACACUGAAGGACAUCUUGCCAAAUGAGAGAGUUAUAGUUACAACACCAGGUGAAACUGUGCUUGAUCACACAGAGAUUCAAGAGACCAUGAUGCAAACAACAUCCUCAGACCCUCAAAGCACAGCCACUGGUCAACAAAGCAAUAUUGAUAUAAAGAAAAUAAAUGUUUUUGGCCCUUGUUACAGGGAGAACUUUGAGUUUAUUUGAUUGUGUUUUAAUGCUACUGAAUGAAUGACACUUGCAUUAGUUUCUUGAUUUUAUUUUUCUGCAUAUGGAUACGUUUUUUGUUCUCAGAUGUUUUGUUAUUAAUAAGCUUGAUCUCUUAUACCUAAGAGAUUGCUAGACUUUUUUUUUCUGUAAGUAUCAAAAUAGUUAAUUAUGUUUUUUGAC